AUGUCCUACGUCGACAAUCUCUCGGGCCAGUUUGGCGAACUCGGGCUUGGAGGAUCCCAGUCCCAUCAGUAUCCUCCCCAAGCCUCAGGAGAGCACGGCGACUAUGGCUACCACUCCGCCAACCGAGAUGACGCCCCUCCUGCUCAGUUCUACGCCUCACCCCCUCAGCCAACCUACCAGCCUCCCUCUGACAAGCCGCCUCUGCCUCAGGGCUGGAUCCCCCUCUUUGACCAGAGCCGCCAGCGAUGGUACUAUGCCAACACGGAGACCGGCGUGACCCAGUGGGAGGCCCCCGGCUACGUUGCGCCCCCUCCACGACCGCCCAUGGAGACGUACCCGAGCGAGGACUCUCGAGGCGGCGGCCACUCGCCGUACCCCCCGGCUGUGCCGUACGGACACACGCCAGGAGGCUAUUCGGCUCCUCCUGGACCUCCUCCUCACGCAGGAUCGUAUGGCGCACCGCCUCCUAUGCCGCCAGCGGGCUACGGCGCCCCCACAGGGGAGUACGGUGGCCACGGCGGAUAUGGCGAGUACGGGGCCCACGGCGAAGAGAAGAAGAAGGAGAAGAAGUCGUCCGGAAGCAGCGGCAUGCUUCUCGGCGCCGCGGGCGGUGUCGCAGCCGGACUGGUUGGCGGUGCCCUCUUGCAUCACGCCCUAGAAGACGACAGCAGUAGCAGCGACGACGACGACGAAGAGAGGCCCCAUUAUGUGCCUCAACCGGUCAUCGUCAACGAAUACAACGAAGACUACAGUAGUGGCCCCCCGGCCGUCCUCCCCGCAACGGACGAAGACGGCAACUCUGUGUCUUCAAGUGAUCGGGAGUCGGUUCAGGAGGCGCGAGAGGAGUACGAGGAGGCGCUUGCCGAUGCGCAGGACUCGGAUGCCAGCAGCAGUGAUUUUGAGGAGCUGGAGGAGGCUAGGGAAGAGUAUGAGGAGGAGUACGAGGAGACUUAUGAGGAUUGA